AUGGAAGACCAGCCUCUAACUAUCCUCCUGGUAGUAGGAACAGGCGGAUUUUCGCACGCCGUUCCGGUACUCGAAUUAGGGCGAAUUCUCCAUGACCGGGGUUAUCAGAUCGAGUUUGCGACACACCAAACUCAGGAACAAUGGGUAGAAACGCCAUACUAUUCCUUUGUUUCGGAGGUUCACGCCAUGGGUCCACGGAUGCCUGCCGAUGUUGAGGAUCGCCACUAUUUUGAAAUGCAAAAUUCGGAUAUGAGGAAAGACUUCGGAGCCGUCUUCAAGCCAAAACACACAGUAGAUGCGUUUUGGACAUCAGAUUAUGCGUAUCUAAAAGAUACAAUCAUCCCCAAGUGCAACCCAGCAUUCAUCGUAGCGGACUUUUUCGUUGAUGCAGUUAAAGAUAUCAAUCACCAGCUUGGAAUCCCCUUCUGCCAUGUCUGGCCUCAGAUGCCCUACGGCUUCUGCAGUGUACCCUACAUCCCGGGUAUUCCCGGAUUCCAAGUUGACGCAUUGAGCAGCGAACAUGCAUCUAUUUGGACAAGGCUACGAGCUGAACUGAGACCCCUUCGGGCACUUCCGGCAAUCCUGCGUUAUCUGCGUUUUGUCAAAAACAUGCGAAAGGCUUCAGGGGUGUUCUACGCGAUCCCAAUUUUCAACAAGCCUAGCUGGUUGAUCCUAGUAAAUUCAUUUUGGGGCUUGGAGGUCCCCAAGGAAUUACCACCCUUGGUUGCUGCAGUUGGUCCCAUUCUUCCGGAACAGUAUCCGCCGCUCGAUGAGGCCUUCGGCGAGUUUCUAGCAUCUCGGCCGAAGGUUGUUUAUAUUGCGUUUGGGUCACACAUUCGAAUCCUUCCACCGGAGCUCGCCAAGUUCAUAGAAGCACUUUCUUUACUCUUACGCGAAGGUCUUAUCGAUGGUGUGAUCUGGGCGGUUAACGCCCCGCAGCGGAAGCUAUUCAACAGGGAUGAACAGGUCCCAGGGGAAGAUUUCAACGUGGGGACUAUGUUGGACGGAAAGCAUCGCGCCUGGAUGUUCACACCUUUUGCUCCACAACGGGCUAUAUUGGAACAUCCACAUACAGUCCUCUUCAUUAGCCAUGGCGGAGGAUCUUCUGCAAAUGAAGCACUGUAUCACGGAACUCCGCUGCUGGUCCUAGGCUUCUUCUUUGAUCAACCGUUGAACGCCCUCCGUCUCACCGACGCUGGGGUUGCUUUGACACUCGAUAAGGCUGGAUUCACAACAGCAGAAAUUGUUUCAAAAAUACGGCAGAUCCUUGAAGACAAACUCGGCUUGUUUGCGAAGGAUGUCGCUCGUAUGCAAAAAAUCACUCAAGCCUCAUCUCGAAAGAAACAACAUGCCUGCGAUCUGAUCGAGGAAAUGAUGUGGGACCAUCACUUCAGCGUCGAGCCAUCCCCCACGGAAAACGGCCCCAAGCGACGCAGACCCAUGCAUUUUCAAACUGCUGACAUGCGGAUGUCCGCGUGGAAAGCUAGGAACUGGGACCUUGCAGCUGUUAGCCUUGUGGGCUCCUGCAUAGUGGUCGGCGUCGGGGUUGCAGUUAGCAUGGGGGCUUGGGCUCGCAGGGUUCCCUCUCUGCCAACCAGUUGGUACCUUAAAUCCUAG